GCGUGCAAAAUGAGCAUUUGUUUAUUGCUGUGGCCAAGAGCGUAAUGAAAAUGCAACAGCAACAACAACUGAAUGACGUGCGUCCCAUAAGCACCUAUGACAAUCUAAAUGCCAAUGCCAGCAAACAGCAACAACAACAACAGCAACAGCAGCUAAACGCUGGAGAAAGUUCAGGACAGUCAAUGUCAGUCAUCAACGCCCCACACCAGUCCCGUUACAAUAAUGAAAGCUCACACUUGCAUUGUGAUUUCCCCACCAAUCCAACCCACACAUACGAACUACUGUCCGGCGAGCCGGGCGCGGCGGCAGAGCUCAAUGAAACCAGCAACAGCAUUGCAGCUGUUAAGGCCGCCUUAAGCGAUGCCAAGUCAAAGUUUUUUGGCCUCAACAGCCACGAGAGCCACGAGGCCGAGUCUGAGCCAUUGACGCUAACGAAGCCAGCUGCUAUUAAAGCGCAGCCCAAGUACCAGAAUGUGCCACCAAAUGCGCGCAUUGCUCAACUCGCCGAGGCAGCCAACAUGCAGCUCAUGCAGACGACGAUAACAACAACAACGCCAGCAGCAGCAGCAACAGCAGCAGCAGCAGCAACAAUAACAAAGACACCCUCGCCGGAUAAAUCGUUGCGUUAUGGUUAUGCCACCUACGAGCAGAUUCCAUUGAGCGACUUGGAUGCACCGCAGUCAUCGCAGCAGGCUGUCUAUAUGAGCACCACAGUGCCGCAGAACAUAAAGGGCAUGAAGAUCGCUGGACGACAUACACCAACCCGGAAUAGUCUCAGGCACAGUCGCAUGAUUGUUGUAAAUAAUAAGCACCAAGACAGUAUACAGGAUGCAUAUUCGACGCAUAUACGCCAAUUGAAUAUGUCGCGUCAGCUGUUGAUAUUGCAAUUGGCCAUUGGCCUGUUGAUCGUUGGACUGGCUAUAUGGGUGCUCAUACUGGCGCCCAAUGCAUCCAUACUGAUCAAUCCCUAUUUGAGCGGUCUAUCGCUGUUGCUCGCCAGUAUUUCGGGUUUAAUACUGCUGGGUCGAGAUCGGCGGUCGGAUCAGCAGCGCUCACAGAAUAACUGCUAUAGGGUGCUGCUGGCUGAGUCUUAUGUAUUCUCUGCCUUGGCGCUCAUCUUCUGCUGCUUGGCCCUGGUCUGUGCCGCCAUUGAGUUCGCGGAGCUCUCAAACACGGCCACCCUAACGUCUGGCGAUGGCGCUGGCUGCGGUCCGGCGACCAGUUCGCUGCUGAGCUAUCGCAACUGCACCUGCUUGACGUCAUCCGAGCAGCCGGAUACUACAGCUGAUGAGCUAGUAGCGGAGAUCGAAGCCAGCAGCAGCAGCAGCGGCAGCGACAGUGCGGAGAGCUGUGAGUCUCUGCGUGGCGAAUGGAAGUAUCUGUUGGGCUGCUCCAUGGCCUUGAACACCUUGGGCAUCAUUGCCACCUUUUUAUACAUAACGAUAUUUAUUUGCUGUCAACGCAGCAGCCGCAAACAUUUCAAUACUUCCGUCUAAUUUAAUUUCUAAGUAUAGUGCAUGCAUCACGUAGUUAAUCUAAUUAAUUAAUUUAGCUCUAGCAUCUGGUGGUUAAUUACAAUACAAACAAAACAAAAGCACUUAAUAAAUUAUUAACAAACAUUCAAAAGAAAAUAUACAAACAAUCAUACACAUAACUCUUGAAGUUCGCCAUGAAACCAAUUGCUGUUUUACUUUAUCAUCAUAAUUACGCACAUUGGCCUGCGUUACGGAUUAGAGUCCGACGUAAUUGCUGGACUGGGCGUCUGGGG